AUGACAUUCGGAACAGCUCGUGGCCGGGAGGCCCUCUCUCUCAGCAUUGCAUUUACGACCCUAGCCACCACUUUCACGAUUAUCCGAAUUUACACACGGACAUUCCUUGUGAAGCAGAUGGGCGCCGAUGACUGGGCUAUUCUUGUGGCUCUUGCCUUUAGUUGGGCCUUUUUCGGUCUGUUUGUUGGAGAGGUCAAGUAUCUCAUGGGAGAGCACUAUUUGAAAAUCCCCUCAGACAUUUAUAUCAAACAAAUGAAGUGUUUCUGGGCAUCGGUACCUAUCUAUCAAGCAAGCCUGCUUACUACCAAAGCCUCGAUUCUUCUACAAUACAAGCGGGUUUUCUCGACACCGCGCAUGCGUUUCGCCUGUUGGUGCUUGAUUGGAUUUUUGGCCGUCUACGGAACAUGGACAUUCAUCAGUGCCUGGCUCAAUUGCAUACCUGUGUCCAAGUUUUGGUUUCCUGACAUGGACGGGUAUUGUCUUGACAAGAAGGCCCUUUGGUUCUCCAACUCAGCAAUCCACAUUUUCACGGAUAUUUUGAUCUUGAUAUUCCCCAUGCCAGUGCUCAAAAACCUGCAACUCCCCAGACGACAAAGGUUCGCCCUCAUGGGCGUCUUCGCUCUGGGUGCAUUUGUCCUGAUAACGAGCAUUCUCCGACUGAACAGCCUCUUGGUCAUUUCCAACUCGUCUGAUCCAACUUACGACAACCCAGGCGCCGCCAUGUGGUCCGCCAUCGAAUGCAACGUCGCCAUCAUCUGCGCCUGCCUCCCCGGCAUCCGCGCCUUCAUCUCCAAGCUCCUCCCGCGCUUCCUCUCCAGCUACAAGAGCAAAAGCAACACCCACACCAAGACCACGCGCAGCCGCAUCACCCACUACUCCAAUUUCCAGGCUUCCGUCGCCGGCCACCAGCCCGGUUUCCACCUGCAGUCGAUCACCCACGGCGCGGAGGGCGGUGACGACAAGGCAAGCGGCUUCGAGGAAGGCACUUCGAACAAGAUCAAAGUGACCACCAUUGUGUCGCAGGAAUCCGUGUCGAAUACGCAGGAGGAUUCCUCGAGUGUGCUAGAAGAGAAGGUGAAGCGAUUCGACGUCCACGCGAAAGGCGCGGUGGAAGAUCGCAUCUGCGAACUUCGGUUGACAGGAAGUGUGCCGAAGGGAUUUGGAAAACGACAUUCUGGCAGCGAAUGGCGCCUCUGCCAGUACGCACUAAGCUCAUCUGCACAUUUCAGUAUCUUCAAUGACAUAGGAGACAUGUACGAGCAGGUCAGCAAGAACCAAAUCACACCUGGACUCUACUAUCGUCAGAAAGAUGAAUCUUCGAUAAGAUGGUUUAGUGAAGAUGAUAUCUAG